AUGCCCAAAUCUCUCGACGAAGUUAAAAGAACGUUCGGCAAUAAGCUUCUAUUUGAGAAACUCCCCAACGGUUUGUUCUUUAAACAGAGCAAGAUCGUAACCGACAUGCAAAGCGUCGCUUUUAAAAAGGAAGGAAUAGAAUACGGGCACAGUAUUAAACGUAUUGGAGUUUUUAAAGUCCCUGUCGAUACGAGCGAGUUGGUAGACCGCGAAACAGCCCGACUUGAAACGGUUGGCAUGGGACGCCGAUUUGAAAAA